AUGCCGCACGCCACCCACCCGUCCUCGGAUGAGGACUAUGCCAAUGCCCGAUUGCGGUUGGUCGGCACUCGGGUAGUGGAGCCAUCAGAGAAUAUCCGAGAUAAUACCUACGAGGGCGCCGACGGUCUGAUACGAAAGAGGCCGCUGCGUGAUGUUCCCGAAUUUUGUAAAAAUGAAGCAGCAACGACUUUUGAGUUAUUUUACGAUCUUUGGUUCGUGGCGAACCUAUCAGUCUUUUCGAGUGUGCAUGAGAUCUCUACACUCAAGUCAUUACAGUCGUUUAUCGGAUACUAUGUACUUCUUUGGACGACGUGGCUCAUCACCACAUUGUACGAUGUCCGGUUCACGUCCGACAGCGUGCUGGAAAGAUGCUGCAAAGCCGUCCAUCUCGGCGUCAUGGUGGGCUUUGCCGAGAUUGGCACAGCCUUUGACCCCGACCACCAGAUCCAAGCCAUUUUCCGGGCCAUGUCCUUUUUUCUCAUGUUUUCGCGCCUCGCCCUAACCCUCCAGUAUGGACUAGUUGCGUGGCAGAUUCGCAAAUAUGCCGUGGGCAGUCGACACAUGCUCCUGACGGCAGCUACGCACUUUGUUGCAGCCGCCAUCUACUGCGGAAUAUCGUUUCGGUAUGCCGAGGGCAAAAACAGCCGUGUCUAUAUAGUGUGGUAUAUCGUGGGCAUAACUGAGAUGGCGCUCCAUCUCAGUUGGUCGCAGAUGAGUGAGAUCUUGACAUUUGUCGGCACGCACAUGGGAGAACGCCUGAACCUCCUCACCUUGAUCGUCCUUGGAGAAGGUGCCAUUAUUCUGGCCAAAAAUGUCACACUCGUGGUAAAGGACACCUACUUGAAAGAUGCAAAGCUCGUAUACUGGAGUUCUUCCCUCAUCGGAAUCGUGACCUCGUCUGCUGCGCUCAUAUACAUUAUCUUUCAACUGUACUUUGACUGGAUGCAUGAGGAAGAUUCCAUGUCGACACGACAUCAAGUAUGGUGGGCAAGUCUGCACCUUCCCUUCCAUAUUGCCCUGGUUCUUCUCCUCGAGGGUUCGAACCAGUUUGUCAUCUGGGCCCGGGUGCAGGAAUCCGUUGCCGUGGCCAUCAACAAGCUCAUUAGCGUGACGGAAAAGCUCCCCGACGAGCCGACGUCGGCACAAGUUUCUCAGGCGCUCGGCGACGUUGUUAAGCCGUUUAUUACAAAGUAUCAGCCGGCCGACGUGCUCGAGGCUUGGCAGGGCGUCAAUAAGAGUUUAAGCGAUAUCGCGGAACUGCCAAAUUCGUUUUGGACAGAAGACUCAGCCGCGGAUGACGCUGAUUAUGAGCACUGGCUAAAUGAGCUGCAAGAGUUGCUGUAUACCAUGGUCAAUGCUGUUUACAAUGCGUUCGGCAUUGAAGCCGAAGUAGAGACAGAGACCAGCGCGACGGAAGAUCACGGAGAGUAUGUACAGACACAGGCCACCCACGCCAUUGGUCUUCGAUUUUCUCUCGUGUUUGUGUAUGCAUUUGCUUGUGCCGGAAUCGUUCUCAUGUUCUUGACCAUUAUGCACAUCAUUUCCAAGCGCAAGGGCUGGACCAUCUUCAACGUCGCCCGCACGGCCAUUUGUCUGGCCCUCGCCACGGGCCUGUCCCUUGUUCCCCUCCUGACGACUAACGAGACGUACAUGGAAACCUUUAUGGGCUCGUCUUGGAUGCUCCCCUCGAUUCUGCUGUCCUACUUUACGGUGCUCGUUCUCACCCACGUACCACACCCGCCAGUCCUUGGGACUGUGGGUAGAGUAGUCGGUCGGGGAACGUACCGGGAGGUAGAGGAGCAAAAGGUUGACCUCAAGAGUAACCUUGCGUUGCACGACAUGGCUCCGCGCGGCAUUGUCGUCGAGCAUGAGAAUGGCACGCACACGAAAGUUCAUCACCAUCUCCACACGCAGGUUGUAGAGACGCCUGGCGAUUACUUAUCCAGGGGCGAGAUGGAGAUGCCUCAGAGCCCCGAGCAGGGCGGGUUCCUAAAUGCUCAUAGAGCGAGCUACAUGUCGACGGGCUCUGAUUUUGACGACGUCAUAGAUUAUGAAGCGCACAAUGGGAAUCACCGGGAUACGGAUUUGGAGGACUGGGAAAGACGGCGUUAG